AUGACAUAUAUGUUUGAGUAUCCUCAAUUUGUGAAAAUUUCUCUGGAUGAUGAUAAAACUUCCCCGCAAUAUGGACUUUAUGCCUAUAGUGAAGGGCGCUUCACUGAAAGAGCUAGAAAAAUGUGGUUCAAUGGCAUACCCGUUCUGUUUUUACCAGGGAAUUCUGGUAGUCAUAUGCAAGCUAGAUCCUUAGCUUCUGUAGCCUUAAGAAAAUCUUUGUCACAGGGAUAUGAGUAUCAUUUUGAUUUCUUUACAAUAAAUUAUAAUGAGGAGCUGUCUGGUUUAUAUGGUGGUGUACUUCAAACCCAGACUCAGUUUGCUGCAGCUUGUAUUUCUAAAAUAUUAAGUCUUUAUAAAAGUAAUAGUUAUAUAAAACCUGUGCCGACUUCAGUUAUUUUAAUUGGACAUUCUAUGGGGGGCUUAAUUGCUAAGCGACUUUUGGCAUAUCCAAGUACAAUCAACACAACAAACAUAGCUAUAACUUUAGCUACUCCUAUUGAAGCCCCAGUAAUAAACUUUGACACAGUUAUUAAUGAUUAUUAUAUGCUUAUGGAACUAGAGUGGAAGGCUUAUAUUAGAAAUGAAAUAAAAGAAAAGAAAUUUUUGAUAAGUAUUGGUAGUGGACCUAGGGAUGUAUUAGUUCCAGCUGGUCUGACAUCUUCAAAUGAUAGUCAUGUGAAUGUUUUGGUUACAGCUAUACCAGGAGUAUGGUUGACACCAGACCAUGUAAGUAUGGUGUGGUGUAAGCAACUUGUAAUGGUGAUAAACCGUUUUCUAUUUGACAUCGUGAACCCUUCGACUAAACAAGUUACAGAAAAUAAUUUGAAAAUAGCCACCAAAGCCAAACAAUAUUUUAAGGCCAACCGUUCUAUGGUUUUGGAUCCAAAAGCAAAACGUUCUAACGUGACAAUGCAAGCUGAUGCGUUCUGGUACGAAGAUAAUAGACGAAUGUACCAAAUAUCUCGUCCGGAGAUUGAUAGGACCACUCACUUAAUGAUAAGGCUUGUUACAUUCCCUCAAAACAGAUUUGUGGCCGUGGAGGCUGUCAAUGUAUCAGAUAAGGAUUGGAUAUUUGGAUGUAAUGCUAAAUAUAUAUACAAUAACUAUAGACAUUGUAAAGAAGCGACUUCUCUAAGCGAGUUAUCUCGUUGGACGGGAGCGGCCAUAGACUUCGGAAGAAGGAAAUUGGCGACAGUACAUUUACAUAAAAUUAUGGAAAUAGAACCCCAAUGGACCCAUGUAGUUGUUAGAGUAUCGCCGACUAGGAAACCAAUAACGUUAAACGUGGACAUAAAUGAUCUCGCAUCUCGACAAAUAAAUGUAAAUCUACCCUCAAUAUUUUCAUUUGGAAAACAGAUAGUGAAAGCAGAAACUGAACCAAAUAGUUUAUAUUACGAAUUGAUUCUAAAUGAUUUUCAUUUGAUACACCAAGCGUUUUUAUUGUAUGUGGAACCCAUAAAUUGUCAAGGACAAUAUCACGCGUCCGCAGAAUUACACGUGCCUUGGGCUAAUCAUGAAUCGUAUCAAUAUUUUACACAUCUCAAACGAUCGCCUAUGAAAUUACGCCUGUUCAAGAGCAACCCUAACGUGACGUUAGGCUUCGACGCGGCAGAGAGCCCCAAGAUUACACUUCUACUGGAUCCUAAAUGUACAUUUAGUAUUAGUAUAUCAAACACCUGGUAUCAUCGCCUAGCUCAGCUCUCACGCAACUACACCCCAGUGCUAGUGCCUUAUGUGGCAGCCAUUUUAUUGUUAGCAGCAAGAAGUAACUUACUACAUCUAAAAGAACACGGCACGUGUGUGUCCAUACAUAAUGCUCUGAUGAGUGAAGGAGUCAAACCGUAUUAUGUUUUGGUGUUUAGUAGAUUGGCGGCCAUGGGACUUACGUCAGUCCCAGUUCUAUCGUUUCUGUUCGAGAACGCGAGCUGGAAGAACCUGGAGCUGCAGUACUUCGCGCGCUCGCUGCUGGUGCUGCCGGCGUACGUCACCGCGCUCGGCGUCGUCAAUGUGGUGGCGGCGGCCGUGCUCGUUGUGAUGGUGUUCUCCUCGCAAAUAGCUCAUAGGUUGCUUUUCAGGAUAGUAUGGCGGGGUGGUACCGGCCUGGCGGAGAGAAUGGCAGCGGGGCUACAAAAAGUUCCGAUGUUAGUGAGCGCCUCACUGGUGUGCGCCGUGCCCUUGUCCUGUGGCGCCGCAGCUUUGACAGCCGGAGCUGCUUUCUAUGCAUUUAUGCUUUCAAAAAUGUAUGAAGAAUAUUUAGAAGAUUAUGUUUAUAAAAUGAUGUCUAAAAUUGCCAGCCGAAUGUGUCGCAUGUUCAAAUCUAAAAAAGAAAGUGAAACUAAAUCAAACAUAAAAUAUAAACAAGAUUCAUCUCAAAUUACUACAUCAGAAAAGCCUAAAGCCAUAGAAAAUAAGGUUCUUUCUAAAGACAAAGACACAGAUAAAAAAGAUGAAAUAGAAACAACUGAUGAAUCAAAAAGUUUAAUAAGUAGAAAUAAUUCAGAAGAAAAAGAAGAACAGACGGAAUGUAAUGAAAAGAAAGCUGAAACGCUGAACAUUGAUAAAGACCUUAAUAAUAUUAACUUCCAUAUGAUGAUGUUCUUUCUAUGGGUAGUUGUGACUGUAGUAAAUAUCCCACCGUUAUUGACUUGGGCUCGUAAUUUCAAGUACAGUAUGGUUUUGAAGCCUGAUACAUCUUAUCACACUGGGUUUGUGAUGUCAGCAUGCUCAGCUAUUGUAUGGCAGAUGAAUGGUCCAAAAAGUAACUUGAGGAAUUAUGAAGCAGUAGCAUCCUUACUCUUCACAAUGGCUGUGUUUAUAUUAGCCUUAGGGCCAUUUUCACUUUCGAUUGUCAACUAUGGUGUCACUUUUAUGUUUUUGGUUAUCACUAUACAACAAUUGUAUGAUAGAGAGGACAUCAAAAAAAGUAAUAGUGAGGAAGCUUCGGAGAGUACAAAUGAAAGUAAUGCUUGUAUACAAGAAAAUAUAGAAGAGUCAAAAGAAUGUGGGUCCAAUGAUCAAUCUACAUCUGAUACUAACAAAGAGACCAAAGAAACUGACAAUGAGAAAAUCAAUGACGAUAAUGAUAAAAAAUCUAGUGAAUGUGAUGUAUGCAAUGAAAAUAGAAUAUAUAAUAUGUUCAAAAAUCUCAGGGAAAAGUUUAGUUUCAGUGAAAAUUUA